GUAGCCUCCGCCUGCCGAAUAUAUAGAGGCCGGCUGUACCACCGCUCGGGCUCCUGCAGGGGAAGGAACAGGCUUAGCAACGCGGGGCUUCUGGGCUCAGAAUUCCUCAGCGCAGCGGCACAGCCGAGGCCCCAGGCUGGCCGAGGAGUCAGCGGGGGAAGAGUGGCCGAGAGGGGCCCGCCGGGGACACUACGAGUCUGGGGAGUCUGCCUCCCCACUUCGACUUCCCCACGGCGGAUGGUAGAAGCCGGGACCCAAACAAAGGCGGGCGGCGGAUAAAAGGCGGCGGCGGCGGCUCCUCCAGUGGGGCUGCUGCUGCUCGCUCGCUCACUCGCUUUCUUACCUCCCUCCCUCUCUGGCUGCCUAGCCGCGCCGGCCGGCUUCGCUAAGCAGCGCAGCCCCUGGCCAGAGCCCAGGUCAGCCUCGAGGGCCGGACAGUGCUCCCCAGGAGCCCGGGUCCCAACCCGAGCUGGGAGCCCCGGGCCAGCUCCGAGCUCAGAGGAAGUCCGUGGGCUCCGUGACCGCCCGCGGGUUCUGGGGGAGGGGAGAAGGUCCGAGUGGCCGCAGCGUGCCAGCCUCCGGGUGCGCCCUGGGCACGGCGCGCCUCUGGAGGCUGUGGCCCGCGGGGCCAGGCGCGCCCGGGCGCCCGUCGGUCCAGCCAGAGACCAUGGACAUGGAAGAUGACCCACUGCUGCAAGAGGCUUGGCUAGAUGAGGAAGAAGAAGAGGGGGCAGAAGGAGAGAGCCCUGUGGGAUCCCAGAAGCAAGAGCCAGACCCUGGGGUGAGCAGGCAGUGUUGCUGGAGCUCCCAGGUCCCACAUAUCUUGCCACCAGCCUCUGGAUUCUGGAGCACCUUAGGUUGGGCCUUCACCAACCCAUACUGCGCGGGGCUUGUCCUCUUCCUUGGUUGUGCCAUCCCAACAGCCUUAGCAGCCCUCAUGUUUUUACAUUACCCAGCCCUGGACAUCGAUAUCUCAUACAAUGCCUUUGAGAUCCGCAACCAUGAGGCCUCCCAACGCUUUGACGCCCUGGCCCUGGCCCUCAAGUCCCAGUUUGGUUCCUGGGGGCGCAAUCGGCGUGACUUGGCUGACUUCACUUCCGAGACCUUGCAGCGACUCAUCUCAGAGCAGCUACAGCAACUACAUCUUGGAAACAGCUCCCGGCCGCCUUCCCGCCUCCGCAGGGCUAUCCCCAUGCCCCAUCCCAGCGGACAUCGACUGUGGCAGGAGAGCCUGGUGGCCAAUGGCAACCCACGUCCCCAGAAGGAUGUUGCCGUCAACCAGAGUGGAUGCCACCUUGGCGUCACCCCAGGCCCAAUGGGAUCUGGGCCAGAUCAAAGUAGACAUCCUGAUCCUCCACCCCUUGGGAUGUCCCAGCCCAAUCAGAGUGGGAGACUCCGAAGGGGCACCUCUCACUGGGACUACUCUCGGGCUUAUGUGAGUGCCAAUACCCAGACCCAUGCCCACUGGCGCAUUGAACUCAUCUUUCUGGCCAGGGGUGACACGGAGAGGAACAUCUUUACCACAGAGAGGCUGGUCACAAUCCAUGAGAUUGAAAGAAAGAUCAUGGACCAUCCAGGCUUCCGGGAGUUCUGCUGGAAGCCUCACGAGGUCCUCAAAGAUCUGCCUCUGGGCUCCUACUCUUACUGUUCCCCACCCAGUUCUCUGAUGACCUAUUUCUUCCCCACAGAAAGGGGGGGCAAGAUCUACUAUGAUGGGAUGGGCCAAGAUCUGGCCGACAUUCGGGGUUCCCUAGAGCUGGCCAUGACUCACCCAGAAUUCUACUGGUAUGUGGAUGAGGGUCUAUCGGCUGAGAACUUAAAGAGCUCCCUCCUCCGAAGCGAGAUCCUGUUUGGAGCUCCUCUUCCCAACUACUAUUCUGUGGAAGAUCGCUGGGAGGAACAGAGGACCAAGUUUCAGAGCUUUGUGGUCACCUACGUAGCGAUGUUGGCCAAGCAGUCGACGAGCAAAGUCCAAGUCCUGUAUGGGGGUACAGAUCUCUUUGACUAUGAGGUACGAAGGACCUUCAAUAACGACAUGCUCCUGGCUUUCAUCAGCAGUAGCUGCAUCGCUGCUCUGGUCUACAUCCUCACCUCCUGUUCAGUGUUCCUGUCUUUCUUUGGGAUUGCCAGCAUUGGCCUGAGCUGCCUGGUUGCCUUGUUCCUCUACCAUGUUGUUUUUGGAAUCCAGUACCUGGGCAUCCUCAACGGUGUGGCUGCUUUUGUCAUUGUAGGCAUUGGUGUGGAUGAUGUCUUUGUCUUCAUUAACACCUACCGCCAGGCCACCCACCUGGAGAAUCCACAGUUGCGCAUGAUCCACACCAUCCAGACAGCGGGCAAGGCCACUUUCUUCACUUCCUUGACCACUGCUGCUGCCUAUGCAGCCAACAUCUUCUCCCAGAUCCCAGCCGUUCACGACUUUGGCUUGUUCAUGUCCCUCAUCGUGUCCUGUUGCUGGCUGGCAGUGUUGUUUACCAUGCCCGCUGCCCUAGGAAUCUGGAACCUCUAUGUGGCCCCACUAGAAAGCUCCUGCCAGACAAGCUGCCACCAGAAAUGUGUCCGGAAGAGCUCUCUCCAUCUCUCCAGUGGCCUGUUCAUCAGUCCAGAACCAGGAGGGAUGGGCCCAGCCCAAGGUCCUAUGCCCUAUCUGGAUGAUGAUAUUCCACUGUUGAAUGUGGAGGAGGAGCCAGUCACCCUGGAGAUGGGGGAUGUCCCCCUCGUGUCUGUGCUCCCCGAGAACCUGCAGCUUCCCCUGGAGAAAAGCAGCCGAGGCCAGCUCAUCACUCAGCUCCAAGAACUUCUCCACCACUGGGUAUUGUGGUCAGCUGUGAAGAGCCGCUGGGUCAUUGUGGGGCUCUUUGUCACUGUCCUCAUCCUGUCCCUCUAUUUUGCUAGCCGGCUCCGUCCGGCCAGCCGAGCACCACUCCUUUUCCGACCGGACACCAAUAUCCAGGUGUUGCUGGACCUCAAGUACAACCUGAGUGCUGAAGGCAUCUCGUGUGUCACUUGCUCAGGUCUGUUUCAGGAAAAGCCCCACAGUCUGCAGAAUAACAUCCGGACAUCUCUGGAGAAGAAGAAAAGGGGUUCUGGACCUGCCUGGGGUAGCCGGAGUGAAGCCACCCAACAGGAACCCCAGGGCACUGUUUAUAUCUCCAAGGCCAAGAGCAAAGGCAGACCAGCCAUCUACAGGUUCUCUCUCAAUGCCAGCCUACCUGCACCAUGGCAAACUGUGUCCCCUGGGGAUGGGGAAGUGCCUUCCUUCCAGGUAUAUAGAGUGCCUUACGGUAACUUCACCAAGAAGCUGACCGCUUGUAUGUCUACAGUAGGGCUGCUCCAGCAGACGAGCCUCCGGAAAUGGAUGAUGACGUCUUUGGCCUGUGAUGCUAAGAGGGGCUGGAAAUUUGACUUCAGCUUUUAUGUGGCGGCCAAGGAACAGCAGCGAACCCGGAAGUUAUAUUUUGCCCAGUCCCAUAAACCACCAUUUCAUGGGCGUGUGUGUGUGGCACCCCCUGGCUGUCUUCUCAGCUCCAGCCCAGAUGGACCCAACAAAGGCUUUCUCUAUGUGCCCAGUGAGAAAGCCCCCAAGACCCGGCUUUCUGCAACAUCAGGCUUCAACCCCUGUGUGAACACAGGCUGUGGAAAGCCUGCUGUGCGCCCACUGGUGGACACGGGCGCCAUGGUCUUUGUGGUCUUUGGCAUCCUUGGCGUCAACCGUACCCGGCACUCUGACAACCACGUCAUUGGAGACAUGGGCAGCGUUAUCUAUGAUGACAGCUUUGACCUCUUCAAAGAGAUUGGGCACCUCUGCCGGCUGUGCAAAGCUAUAGCAGACAACUCAGAGCUGGUGAAGCCAGGCGGAGCCCAGUGCCUCCCCUCAGGCUAUAGCAUCUCCUCCUUCCUACAGAUGUUACACCCUGAGUGCAAGAACCUGCCUGAGCCCAACCUACUCCCUGGCCAACUGUCCCAUGGGGCUGUGGGGGUACGAGAGGGCAAAGUGCAGUGGAUCUCCAUGGCCUUCGAGUCGACUACCUACAAAGGCAAGUCAUCUUUCCAGACAUACUCUGACUACCUCAAGUGGGAGAAUUUCCUCCAGCAACAGCUGCAGCUGUCCCCAGAAGGCUCAGCCCUCCGCCGAGGCUUCCAAACAUGCGAACACUGGAAACAAGUCUUCAUGGAAAUCAUAGGUGUGCAGAGUGCCCUCUAUGGUCUAGUCCUCUCACUUCUCAUCUGUGUGGCUGCCGUGGCUGUGUUUACCACUCACAUCCUGCUCCUGCUGCCCGUGCUCCUGAGCAUCCUAGGUAUCGUGUGCCUGGUGGUCACCAUCAUGUACUGGUCUGGCUGGGAGAUGGGGGCUGUGGAGGCUAUCUCUCUGUCUAUCCUUGUUGGCUCUUCUGUGGAUUACUGCGUCCAUCUGGUGGAAGGGUACCUGCUGGCUGGAGAGAACCUCCCCCUCCACCCAGCUGAGGACCCCAGUGCCCAGCGCCAGUGGAGGACCCUGGAGGCUGUCCGGCAUGUGGGUGUGGCCAUUGUCUCAAGUGCUGUCACCACAGUCAUAGCCACGGUGCCCCUGUUCUUCUGCAUCAUUGCUCCCUUUGCUAAGUUUGGGAAGAUCGUCGCACUCAACACAGGGGUCUCUAUUCUCUACACUCUUACAGUCAGCACAGCCCUGUUGGGUAUAAUGGCACCCAGUUCCUUCACCCGAAGCAGGACUUCCUUUCUUAAAGCCCUUGGGGCUGUACUCUUGACUGGUUGCCUGGGUCUGGGUAUCUGUCUCCUGCUUCUAAGAAAUGGAUACAAGAUCCCCCUACCCAGUGGGACCAACCUCUAGUCCUGGGACAUCCACUACCUUUUCUUUCCUUUAUUCUGACUAUUUUUUGAAGUGGGACCUUUUUUGUAAACCUUUUGCCUGAAGGAAAAACUGGGAGGGUGGGAGUUGGGUCAGAAGGAAGGGAGGAGACCACAGGGGCAGGGGAAGCAUGGGAAAGGGAGUCUGAUUUUUGACUCCAGAGGCACUUUAUGGCCUAGUAGGUCACUGAACUCUUUAUUUCCUUGGUCCCCAGACUGAGCAGUGUCCAACACACACCAGAGGAAGGGCCCAAGGCCCCUCUCACUGCCUAGGGACAGAACUGAGCACAGUGGAAAAUGGGGACCAAGUUGAUAGAUGGCGGCCACUACCCAGCAGUGACCUCUCCUGGCUGGAUGCCUCAGACUAUACUCUUGAUCUUUCACAGAGGUUGGAAAGGGCCAGCCCCUUCAGGCUCCUGAGCCAUUAGGGUGAGAGUGGCACUCUAACUGUUCACCCUUCUCCCUAUUUUUUUAAAAGAGCACUGCAGAGACAGGGGAACAGGAAGGUGGGGAUCUCCCUUUUUUGCUCCCUAUCCAAGACACUGUCCCUUCUAUCCCCACCACAGGUUGCCCCCUUUUCCUAAAGGUUUCCUGACUCUACAUAAGAGAGGGGUCCACAGGGCCCUUCCCAGGUUGCAUGCUAUCUUUCUUCUUUCCAUCCUCCCCAGUGUCUCCACAAGAGCCCUGUCUGCUGGUUCCAUGACCUGAUCACGACCCUCCUCAGAUCGUACCCUUUCCUGGAGCCGAGUCCAGAACCCACCCAGGCUCAUUGCCCUCUGCUUCCUUCCUCUGUGCCCAUCCACAGGGCCUAAGCUGGAGAUAGCUUUGGAAGGAGGGGGUUAGAAAACAAUGGACAUUACAGGGGAGAGAUGAAGGCCCACCCACCCACCCCCUCAGAUCAGAUGGUUUUUAUUAAAGCAAAAUGGAACUGCCGACCAGUAUCAUUAACAAGUACAUUUUAAGCAUCAGUGACUCCAUCAUUUUCUUAAAAUGGAGAUAAUUAACUGUGCAAGCAGUGCUCAGCCACCCAGCCCAAAGGGAAGGGGGCAGGAAACUCUUUGAGAGAGGGACUAGGACUGGUUCUGCCAACCAGAGCCAACCCAAAUGGGAAAUCUGCUUUCAAAGGAAUGUCUUAGAAAUGGAAACACAAAGCAUAUGUUGUCAAAUUUAGAGCUAAAAGAAACCUUUCAUUUCAAAGGGCUCAUUUUAUAGAUGAGCAAACUGAGAUCCAAAGAGACAGCGAUUUGUUGGAGGACACAGUUAUGGAGCCAGCACUUGAACACAGUUUGUCAAACAUAUAGCUCUCUUUGCCCUACAACAUCAUUUUUAGGAUCCUCAAAGGGACUCCAGAAGCCACCUAGUCCAACUUGCCCCCUUUUAUUGAUGAAGAACCUGAGGCUUAGAGGAGGAAGGACAUAAAGUGACUUGCCCAAGGUCACAUAGAUAGCAAGCAUCCAAGACAGAGCCUAAAGCCCAUAUUCUGUCCACUAUACAUCACCACUUCCAGAGACAUAGGAUGGCAGAAAUUGAAUUCGAAGCAUUUUAGUUCAAUUCGACAGUCACUUAUCAAGCCACUAUUAUAUGCCAGGCCCUACAGUGCUAAGUCUUACGGCUGUAAAGACAAAGCAGUCUUGUCUUUGGUUGGGAAGUAGGGUGAGGGACAACAUAUGCUUAGAAAAGUAAAUAUGAAAUAUACAUAAGACAGAAAGAGUACAGUGAGGCAGGAAAGGGACCUGGAUUAGAAUUCUAUCUCUGAUGUAUACUGGUUGUAUGACCCUGGGCAAGUCACUUAGCUUCUUAUGCCUUCAGCCAUUGCUUAAAACUAUAAAUUGCAUUGAUUGAGGGAGUUUCCUUACCUGCGGCAUCUCCUUUACCAGUGAAAUCUCAGACCCAGUCCCAGUGCAAUUAGCAAAUCAGGAAAGGCUUCUUAUUGGAGGUGGUACUUGAGCUGAGCUUUGAAGGGGAUCAUGGGACCCAAGACUUUCUGUUGAGGAAGGAGGACAUUCCAGACAUGGGGAACAAUCAAUUCAAAGGCAUGGAGGUGGGACAUAAAAUGUAAUGCCCUGAAAAACAUCAAGAAUUCAAGGGUGGCUAGAUCAUAAAUUGGGUCGCUAGGUGGUGCUAUAGUGAAUAGAGUGCCAGGCCUGGAGGCAGGGAUUCAAAUUUGACCCCAAACACUUCUUAGUCAUGUGACCCUGGCAAGUCAGUUAACCUUUUUGGCCUCAGUUUCCUCAACUGGAAAGUGAGCUGGAAAAGAAAAUGGAAAACUACUCCAGUAUCUUUGCCAAGAAAACCUCAAAUGGGGUCACAAAGUUUUGGACAUGAUUGAAAUGACUAAACACAGAUUGUUGAGGGAAGAGUGCAAAAUCAGACUGAAAAGAAAGAUUGGAAUCAGAUUUUAAAAGGGCUGAGUAAUAAGUAAAGAAUCCUGAACAAUGGCAUCAGGAACCCCUAUAGAUUCUUGAUUCAGGGUAAAAGAAGAUAGGUUGCUCUCAUUUUACAGGUAAAGAAACUGAGGCUCAAGGUAAAAGAAGAUGGGUCUAUGUAUUUAGAGGAUUACCUAGUCAGAUCUUUGCCCAAAAAAUGUCACUUUAGCAAAUGCCAGCUUGAUACUGCUUCUUCUAUUUAAGUUGCUCCAGACUUGUGUCAGUCUACAACAUCUUGUGAUUUUCAAGUGGUUGUCUAGCCCUUCUCUCAUUGGAUUGAUCACCUUUGGGCAUCGUACCCAUUAAAUCUGCCCUACCCAUAAAAAUCUACCUAUUAGAUGCAGCUAGAUGGCUGCUCAAGAGAUCUGAGUUCAAAUCUGAACUCAAAAAACAUUUAUUAGCUGUGUGACUGUGAACAAGUCACAACCUCUGCCUCAGUUUCCUCAACUUUGAAUGGAGAUAACAAUAUUUCUUAACAGAAUUAUGAAGUUCAAAUGAGAUAAUAUUCAUAAAGCACUUAGCACAGUGCCUGUAUAUAGUAUGCAUUAAUAAAUGCUAUUCUCUUCCCUUUUCCUCCUACUCAUUCAAAUGAAAACUACAGUAACAGAGUUUGGAGACUAACAGGGGAUGGAGGGCAGGGUUUAGUGCAGACCAAAUCAAGAAAUAAUUUACCUCUUCAGUGAUCCUAAGGAGGCAGUGUUGGUAAAAUGCAAGGAGAGCUGGAUUUAACAUUAGAGGUUCAGUUGUUUUUCAGUCAUGUCUGACUUUUGUGACCCCACUUAAGGGUUUCUUUGCAGAAAUCCUGGAGUAGUUUACUUCUCCUUGGCAUCAGGAGAGCUUCGUUCAAAUCCCAACUCUACCACUCACUGUUUGUAUGUCUUUAAGCCAAUCAUUUCCACCCUCUAUGCCUUGGUUUCCUCUUCUGUAAAAUGACAUGGUUGGACUAGAUGAUUGUUAAGAUCCCUUCCAGCUAUACUCAUAAGCACUAAAAGAAAUGUUAUUAGAGUAGCAAAUCAGAAACCCCAUUUUAGUGAUGGAUAAAGACAAGAUGUUCGCUAUAGUUAUGGGGAACUCCCAGGUGAAGAAAUUCCAUCUCCCAAUGUGCCUUCUCUCUCAUGUAGCCACUUGAAGAGUCACCUAGGGCAACUGAAAGUCUAAGUGACUUUCCAGAGUCACACAGCCAAUAAGUGUCAGAGGCAGGACUUGAACACAGGUCAACUUUGGAUGGAUGACUUGCCAACCGAUAUCAUGUUGCCAUCUUCUUUUUAAAGAUGGCCAUCUAGGAAAUUCCUGGGAUGAAUGUCAUGAUCCCCAAAAUGUUCUAGAGUAGGGGAAGUGGGAGCAAGAGGAAGUGCCAACUGCUGUUGGCACUAAAGUAAGUCUGGGAGAGGGUAGGUGUCCUUGAGAAUCAUCUUAUAAUGAAUCUUCUCUCCUCUGACUCCUGCUUUCCCCCAUCUAACACAGCUAGACCAUUAAGGCUUGCAAAGUACUUCAUAGGGAUUAACUCAACAACCGUAUGAAAUAGGAGCCCUUAUUAUUUGCACUUUACAAAGAAGGCAACUGAGACUCAGGGAGGUUAAAUUACCUGCCCAAAGAGGUAUUGAGGUGGCACAGUAAACAAAGCACUAAGCCUGGAGUUGGGAGGACCUAGGUUCUAAUCCUGCCUUGGACACUUAAUAGCUGCAUGACCCUAGGCAAGUCACAUUCCCCUGUGCCUAGCCCUUGCCCUUCUGUUUUAGAGUUGUUAGUAAGAUAGGAAGCAAUGUGUUUGUUUGUUUUUUAAUUACAUGCCCUGGGUGGCGCAGUGAUUAAGUGUCCAACACAGGAUUGGAUCCCUAUGCAGCACAGUCGCACCAAAGCUCCAGAAUCACACUCCUUCAUUCCCAUCCCAGAGAAGGCUGCUUCGCUGGCAGACUAUAUACUCAGCCAGCUGGAUAUCCAAAUGGUUAGAGCACGCUGCUAACCAUCCAGCAGAUUUGAGCUAUUACAUGAACCACCAGUUUGGAUAUCUUUGCUAUCAAUCACAAAGGGGACCAAGCAAAAAAAAAAUGUAAGUGACUCAGUUAGUAAGUGACUUAUCCCCACAGGCAGAGACAAACCUGCCCAUGUGUAGGUCAGUGAUGCCCCACUCAUUCCACUCUCCUCCUACCCCCACAGCUGACUCAGUCCUCCCACCUGCUCCUCAGCAUCUUUGUGGUGGGCAGAUGGAGGGAACUGGCCAGAUUGGGAACGAUGUUGUUUUCCUUUCACAUUCAAUCAUCUUGCUGAAUCAUGUCCCACUCCCUGCCGAGAGCUCAGCCUUCCCCAGCCAGAAGGCCCCUGGGCUCCUUUAGUGACUGGGUGCCUUUGUGAGAGAACAAACUCACUCCAUACCCACUGGGCCUUUCUAUUGGUCAGUUGUUGCUCAGUCAUUUUCAAUUCUGCCUGACUCUUCCUGACCCCAUUUGGGGUUUUCUUGGCAGAUCCUAGAGUGGUUUGCCAUUUCCUUCUCCAGCUCAGUUCACAAAGGAGGAAAGUGAAGAAAACAGGGUGAAGUGACUUGUCCAGGGUCACACAGCCAGUAGGUGUCUGGAGCUGAAUUUGAACUCAGAAAUAUGACUCCAAGCCUGGCACUCUGUCCACUGCACUCUAUCCAUGUAACUACCCCAUUUGAAGAGCUGCUCCCUUUUUAAUAUGGAACAUAGUAUAUUAGUUGGUGUAACCAGAAACUGUUCUGGGUCUGGCUUUGGUUUUCUCUUCUGUAAAAUGAGGGAAUAGGAACUCGAAGAUCCUUCCUACAUCUAACUUGACAAUCCUUUCAUUCUACUUCCUCUUUCUUCUAUGGCCUUGGGCAAGUGAUUGCACUUCCUUGAGCCUCAGUUUCCUCAUCUCUCAAGUGAAGAGGUUAAACCAGAUGAUGAUAAUAUAAAUUCCAGACUAAGAAAGGAACCAAUCAUAGGCAUUGAAGAGUGAGUCAGAAGGAAGAGUCAAAGAUACCUAACUCCCAGUGCUGAGGAAAGGGAGCAAGGAAUGGAAAUAUCGAAUUUUAGAAUUAGUUCCAAAGAACCCCAAAGGCCAGCUUGUCUAAGCCACACAUUCCUCAGAGAGAGUAGGAAAAGCCAAGGAAAGAUGAAGCCAUACAAAACACUCGGGGAGGAGCAAACAGUGGCUCAGUGGAUAGAGAACCAGACCUGAAGAUGGGAGGUCCUGGGUUCAAAUCGGACCUCAGACACUUCCCAGCUGUGUGACCCUGGACAAGUCACUUGACCCCCAUUGCCUAGCCCUUACCACUCUUCUGCCUUGGAGCCAAUACACAGUAUGGAUUCCAAGAUGGAAUGUAAGGGUUUAAAAAAAGAAAGAGAGAAAAUGGAGCCAGGGGCUGGCUAGUCCUGCCACCUAAGCUACCAUCUUCUAACCCCCCCCCCACAACCUGGGCUUCAGUGCCUAGGGAAAGACCUUUGUGCUUAGAGACCCAGCUGUCAAAAAUAUUAUGAAGAGCUCAGCAUCCUGGACCAUCCCUCCUAGGGCAAUGGAAGGAGAUUGAUGGGGGAGAAACAGGGAGGGGGAGAGGGGAAUGAAGGAAUCCAUCAAAGUGAAGUGACAAAUUAGAUGCUUAAGGAAGUGGAACUCCUUUACCUGAAUCCUUGUCUCAAAACUGCCUGGGACCAUGAUAUUAAGAGUGGGAAUAUUUGCAUUGCAUUUGCAUGUCAUUUGCAUGCUAUUAACUAAAGUCCAGUUGAAGAGAAACCCAUAGCUCACCGGGUGCUUGUUUGCUUCUUCCCCAAAAUCCAGUCUUGCCUUCCUGCCAUUUGCCAGAAUGUAGGGUAGGAGGUGGAUGGUUUUAGUGAUUUCCCUGGAAUAGCCAGGAAAUGCUAGGUUGGGCUCCUUCUAGGUGAAGUUAGUAUUCAUCGGGAAGUUAGCAAUAUGCAUGCCAACUUUUCUGUGGAUCUAGGCUGCUGCCAAGUGCCACGAUAGGGCUUAUUGUAACCCCCCCAAGUUUGUUGCUUAGUCAUUUGUCAGGUGUGUCAGACUCUUUAUGACCCAUUUGGAGUUUUCUUUAAAAAGAUACCCAAUGGAUUGAGAGCCAGUCCUAGAGACAGGGGGGUCCUAGGUUCAAAAAUGGCCUCAGACACUUCCCAGCUGUGUGACCCUGGGCAAGUCACUUGACCCCCAUUGCCUAACCCUUACCACUCUUCUGCCUUGGAACCAAUACACAGUAUUGAUUCUAAGAUGGAAGGUAAGGGUUUCUAAAAUAAAUAAAUAAAAAUAAUUUUUAAAAAAUUAAAAAAUAAAAAGAUACUCAAGUGAUUUGCCAUUUCCUUAUCCAUCCUAUUUUACAGAUGAGGAAACUGAGGCAAACAGGGUUAAGUGACUUUCCCAGAGUCACCCAGCUAGUAAGUGUCAGAGGCUGGAUUUGAACUCAGGAAGAGGAGUCUUCCUGACUCCAGGUCUGGAACUCUAUCCAAGGUGAGUCCUCAAAGUGAUCUGAGCCAACUGUCUCUUUUUACAGAUUAGGAAACUGAGGCUCCUUGAGGUUUCAGUGUUAUAUACUGCUGUUAAUUCACUGAAAAACUAUGGGCAAGUCCCUCACUCUCUUUGGGCCUCAGCCCAAAAGCAGAACUAAUUUUAGGCAUGAAUAGAAGAGGAAAGGAAAAUAUUUUGGGACUAAAGGUACCUUUUCAUCAUGCGGAUUGCUUUUUACUGGGUCUAUGUAUAAAGCCAAGGUCAAGGUUCACACCCCAGCUUUGCUGCCUUCUACCUGUGUGACCAUGGGCCUUGGUUUUCUCUUCUGUAAAAUGAGGAGGUUGCAUUAAAUUAUCUCUAAGGUCCCUUCCAGCUCAGAAUCUCUGAUCCGAAUCUGUGUAUGAUCCUUUGUCAAACAGACUGCAUUGCUCUCAUGGGGAGAGGAAGUUGAGUGCUCAUUUGAUGCCAACAGACAGCCAUGGAGGUCAGGGCCAAACUCCAGGCUGGGCUUCCUCUCAAUCAGAGGACCUCCUUCAUCCUGUGCCUCCACUUCAAGAUGUGCCCCAGCAGGGAACAGGGCUGCCCUUUGGAGAGAAGACGCUGACACCCAGGGCAAAAAUCUUAAUGCUUAUUUACCACCAAUGCCCAGUUUGCAGUCUUAAUGAGUCUUCACCCAACUUUAAUGAAAUGGCAUUCAUUACCAGCAGACAGGGCUCCCAAUGGGGAAGGAGGUACGGGCUGACAGAAGGCAUCAGAGCAAAGAGGAGUGACAAGGAAAUAAGUGGGGAGAGGAAGUCAACAUCCUGGCAAUCAUGACCCUCUACCCUCCCCUCCUUCCUUUCCUCUGCCAAUCCCUUAGAGCUGGGGUGCAUUAGACCAUACAGGCUCAUAGCUCUAGGACUCACAGGAACCUUAGAGACCAUCUAGUCCAAACCCCUCAUUUUACAGAUGAGGCAACUGAGGCUCAAGGAAGUGAACAGAUUUGUUUGAGGUCUCCCAAGCAGUAAAUAGACUCCCUGAGCCUAUGGGCUCCAGUAAGCUUCUAAAAAUGACAGGGAUGGGAUUUGAACUCAUGUCCUCUGACUCCAGAGCUAGCCCUUCCUACUGUCCCAUACCAUCUGUGGCAUUCUUGAAUUCCAGGGAGCUAGUUCUGCUGGGUGGGCUUCCCCGCCAUCAUCCCAUAUAUCAAAUGAUUCUGGGCUAAGUAUUCCCUUUGGACUUGGUUUCUGAAAUAGAGUUAAGCAGGGCCACCCCUGUGUUGGGACACUUGCCAAAGUCAGGCCUGUCUGUAGACUUUCUCUCUUUGAAUAACUGAGGCUAAAAAAUAAUAAUCUAGAAGAACAGGUGAGGAGAUGAAAAGAUAGAGCAGCUGGUCCAGUUUUAGGGGACCAGCCAGAUGGGAAGUGUGGUUGUCGGUGGCUUUUUCUUGCUUCUCACAUAUGCAUACAUUAUUUCUCCAACCUUCCUUUGGCUUCAUUCUCCAAUAGUCCUCCAGUUCAUAAAAUGGGGUUCAUUCCUCUCUCUCCAACUUUAUUUUCUUCUCUCUCCUUUCUCAAAUAAAUUCAAUUUCGAAAACCA